UCGGCUUGACAGCACAUCAUGCUUACGUCAACACACGACAUGUUCAUGAUCACGGAGCACCUAUGCAGGGCCUCUUGUACAUACCUCAUACGAGCACACGUAUCUGAUCCCUAUGCAAAACAUCGUGAUCCCUGUAAGCCUCUUCACGGCCUGAUUGCGAUCUGCACAUAUCAAGGCAUACACAUACAUAUUAACACAGGACGCCGAUGCCUCUCCACGUUUCCGCUUGACCCACCUUCAAUUGCCUUCCGGUCCCGUCGCUGUAGUUUAUCUCCCUCGCCGAGUCAGCCUCUGUGGUCGUGAGACAUGCAGACGUCUCCGUGUGUGCGUGCACAGGUGCACCUCUUCUCACCUUGCUCCUCGCUGUCUCCAUCCUCACGCACAUAUCCGUCCAGGCAGGCCGGGAGUGGCAUGUUUUUCAUUUUGUUCUCGACCUCUCGUGUCAACUUCUCCAUGUCUGAUGCGAUCGAUCGAGGACAAAACGGCGGUAGACGCGUUGAGAGAUGUGUGGGCUGGCCGGCUUACCGCCUUCUUGUGCGAAUGCGUUCAGUAUGGGGUUGUUCUGCAGCGACUCCGCCACGCCUCUGACCCCAAGCACGCGAACUCGCGGCCGCAAAUCCACUGCAACGAUAGAGAGACAUCAAAUAUCGAAUUCAAUUAAAGCCAGCCAGAAUCAUUACCCCCAUGCGAAUGGCUCCCUUGUUCAGUUGCUGGACACAUAAAAGGAAGAGACACACAGGGAUCCGAAUGAAUGACCAGUCUUUCGUCUUCCCUUACUAUUUGUCUUCGACGGCUGCUGCUUGUCCGGCUGCUGCUUGUCCGGCUGCUGCUUGUCCGGCUGCUGCUUGUCUUCGCCAACAAGACCGCACCGCUGCUUGUCUGCGACGCCGGGCAUGUCGACCAACCAUUCGCGGCGCUCACCUGAGCCAACGUUGGGCGAGCGGCUGUCUGUCUUUGCCGCCUCGGCCCCAUCGAACAUUGCUGUACACACGAUAGAAAGGCAAGACAAAGAAUGGCCUUCCGUCUGUCUUCCCAUCCCCCCGUCUCUCGUCUUCCCUUACUCUUGGUCGUUUGCUGUUUGUCCACCUGCGGAGGCAUCCCAACCGUAUGCGUCACAAACCCAUAGCUGCAAUCCGUCACAAACCCAUAGCCUGCAAUGGUGCACAUACGGCAUGACAUCCAAAGCCGCCUGCACACGAGCAACGCUUACCGCUGCCAAAGGUUGGCACCCCAGUCCUGCCACCGAGGGCUGACAUCUCAGGGCGCCUUGGGGGUCCUGGAGGCACAGCAAGCUAGCAAACAGUCUUUGCUUUGGUUGUUGCUCACCGUACAAACCCAGCCCCGGUUCGCGACCAAAGCCACCUCCGGUCCCUGCAACAGGCGAGUGUGGAGGGACGGCGAGGACAAGGUCGGUUGGCUGGCUCGCUGUCAUCGCUUACUGUGUGUCGGGAAUGAAGGCACCGUGGGGUUGUGAAACACAAGAUUCCUCUCGUCAACCGGAAGGCCUGCAUUCAGCCGAAGGCCGUUCAUCAGAGCACCUAUUUCCAGUCAUUGCAAAACUCACUGGGCUCGAAAUGACAGUCCGGUUCCGGGUCGGGGUCGGUCCAGAAUGAGCAGCACUUGUUCCCCAUCGAGCUAAAUGAGCCCUGCGGGGAAAGAAGAUCAUGGAGGGAGAUCAGGGAGACGGGUGUGUGACAUACAUUAACUCAUAGCGCAACGGCAGGCAGAGUCUGUCGGUCUCUCAUGAAACGAACUGCGUCAACAUCGACCAACCCUCAAUCAUGCGACAAACAUGCCAGCACCAUCCUCAGCGCCCGCCUGGCGUAUCUUCCAGCGGCGCCGCCCACCACGUACACACAUACUCGCACUACACGCCAACGCAACAGACAGACGAGCACGAACCCACCCCAUCACCUGGCCAUACGACUUGUCUGCCCACGCAGCCUUGGUGCGGAGCUUCUCAACCAGGCGGCUGAAAAAACCGUUGGCCUCUCUGCCCCACACACCAUCCACCGUGACGCACAAGGGGGUGAAGUGGAUGGACCUGUCCUCGCACACACGGCUGUGGUGGGCCUUUUUGGUCUUGGCCUUGUUCUUGAGGAUGGAGGCGGUGGAUUGCUUGCGGUAGGACGGUGCGUCAGCGUUCAUCACGCAUACGUCGAACGACACGUGCUUCUGCCUCUCCCACACCCCUCUCACCACCAUGUCCGUCCGCACCCCCUUCUCCCCCUCCUCGGGCUCCACGAUCACCACCUCCUUCCUGACCACCGACUCGCCCCAAGCCUUGGCAGAAAGGUCGCACAGCACGUCCACCACCUUGUUGUGCCGCCAAAUCACCAACCCACCCACCCCACAGUUGAGGGCGUGGUCGAGCGAGUAUGCAGCCCCGCAGCCGUCGCAGUGCGUGGGCAUCUUGGGAGGUUCAUAGGCGUACCGCAUGGCCAUGUUGUCGCGGAGCUCGUC